UCUCGCCGCCGCACCAUGCUGCUCGCCCGGGCCCUACGCGCCGCCGCCGCCGCCGCCCUGCGCCCGCCGCCGCGCCACCCGCCCCGCCGCCUCCUCUCCUCUUCCUCUCCCCGCGCCCUCCUGCCGCCGCCCGGCGCCGCCCCGCCGCUGGCCCGCUCCCUCUGGCAGCUGGGCGGCGGCUGGCGGACGGCGCUGCUCCGCCCGCGGCGGGGCUCGGCCGGCGGCGUCUCCUGCGGCUGCGGCGGCCUCCACACCGAGGGUGACAAAGCCUUCGCGCAGUUCCUGACGGAUGAGAUCAAGGAGGAGAAGAAGAUCCAGAAACACAAAUCUCUGCCCAAGGUCUCCGGGGGGUGGGAGCUGGAAGUGCACGGCACGGAGGCCAAGCUGGUGCGGAAGAUAGCCGGCGAGAAGAUAACAGUCACAUUCAACAUCAAUAACAGCAUUCCACCCUCAGCUGAGGAUGAAACACAAGAAGAGCAGAAACCUGAUGAGCAGGAGCCUGAUCUUACAUCAACUCCAAACUUUGUUGUGGAAGUAAUAAAAGAUGAUACAAAACAGACCCUUGUUCUUGACUGCCAUUAUCCCGAAGAUGAGGUUGGACAUGAGGGAGAGGAAGAAAGUGAUAUUUUUACAAUUCGGGAGGUCAGUUUUCAGCCCACUGGAGAAUCAGAUUGGAAGGACACCAACUACACCCUCAACACGGAUUCCCUUGAUUGGGCUCUGUAUGAUCACUUAAUGGAUUUCCUGGCUGAUCGAGGAGUGGACAACACAUUUGCCGAUGAGUUAAUAGAGCUCAGCACCGCACUGGAGCACCAGGAGUACAUUAAAUUCCUUGAAGACCUUAAAAGCUUUGUCAAAUGUCAGUAGGUCAGGCUAGGAAACUUGUCUUCAAGUGUGGGUAUUCCACAGCACUGCUCUAGCCAGCAAUACCCAAAUAUAUCUUCACAACAGAUACGGAGAGUAAGCAACUUUGAAUUUGGAGAAUGGGAGAAUGAGGAUUCUUACUUGUAUUUGGGGACGUGUAUUUAUGUUGCAGCCCAGAUCAAGUUCUCUGACAUUAUGGUCCAGAAUUGCCUCGCCCUACUUGGUGGGUUUUGUACAAUUAAGGAUGAAUGUGAAGAAUAAAAUAUGUUCAACAUA